AUGCCCCCAAAAGGCAAAGGUGGCAAAGGGGGAAAAGGGGCUGCAUCAGGAGGCGCAGAUGCGGACAAGAAAGAGAAAACCCCCAAAGGAGGCACUGCAGUUAAGGUUCGCCACAUUCUGUGUGAAAAACAUGGCAAGUGCAUGGAGGCCAUGGAGAAACUGAAAGCAGGAGUUCGUUUCAGCGAAGUAGCGACUCAGUUCAGUGAAGACAAAGCCAGACAAGGCGGCGACUUGGGCUGGAUGACUAGAGGGUCGAUGGUUGGACCUUUUCAGGAUGCUGCAUUUGCGUUACCCAUCAGCUCAAUGGAUAAACCUCGUUACGCCCGGUUGGUGAUUGGCGAAGCUAAGAUGGCGGCGCCAGAGGAGCCAGAAUUAUCUCAGGCGCAGACAGAAAAACUCCUCCAAUUUCAGGAUCUAACUGGCUUGGAGUCUAUAGACCAAUGCCGUCGCACGUUAGAGCAGCAUAACUGGAAUAUAGAGGCUGCUGUACAAGACAGACUUAACGAGCAAGAAGGAGUGCCCAGUGUGUUUCACCCACCUCCUCCCAGACCUUUACAGGUCAAUACAGCAGAUCAUAGAAUAUAUAGUUACAUCGUAUCAAGGCCACAACCCAGGGGGUUACUAGGAUGGAGUUACUAUUUGAUAAUGUUACCGUUCAGAUUUACAUACUACACGCUUUUGGAUAUACUCAGGUUUGCGCUGAGGUUCAUUAGGCCAGACCCCCGCGGCCGUGUGACGGACCCUGUUGGCGACGUUGUAUCUUUUAUUCACAAUUUUGAGGAGAAAUACGGCCGGUCACAUCCUGUGUUCUACCAGGGAACUUACAGCCAGGCCUUAAAUGAUGCCAAACGGGAGCUCCGAUAUCUAUUGGUCUACCUUCAUGGAGAUGAUCAUCAAGACACAGACGAGUUUUGCCGCUCCACGUUAUGUACAGAAGAGGUCAUAACAUUCAUUAACACGCAAAUGCUCUUUUGGGCAUGUUCGACCAGCAAACCUGAGGGCUACAGAGCGUCUCAGGCACUGCGUGAGAACACGUACCCGUUCCUGGCCAUGAUCGUGCUGAAAGACGGGAAGAUGACGAUGGUGGGCCGCCUGGAGGGCCUCAUCCAGCCCGAGGACCUGAUCAACCAGCUCACUUUCAUCAUGGAGGCCAACCAAUCGUAUCUAAUGUCCGAGCGCAUGGACAGGGAGCAGAGGAAUCAGACCCAGGAAAUCCGUAAGCGGCAAGACGAGGAGUUCGAGGCGUCGCUUCGGGCAGAUCAAGAGAAGGAGCGAAAGAAGAGAGAGGAGCAGGAGCAGAAGAGGCAGGAGGAGGAGAAAGUGCGACAGGGUGUGCUUAUGGAGGAGCGAAGGCGACGGAAUCUUGAAGAGGAGAAGGAGAGGAAGUCCGAAUGUCUUCCCCCGGAGCCACAGGCAGAUGAUCCAGACAGUGUCAAAAUAGUUUUUAAGUUGCCCAAUGACACUCGAGUGGAGAGGCGGUUCCUGUUUGGACAGUCUUUGACGGUAAUACACGACUUUCUCUUCUCUUUGAAAGAAACUCCAGAAAAAUUUCAGAUAGUUACAAACUUCCCUCGCCGAGUCCUGCCCUGCCUCCCGAGCGAGGACCAGCCCAACCCCCCCACGCUGAAGGAGGCGGGACUAAACCGCUGCCAGGUGCUUUUUGUGCAGGACCUUACGGAGGAUUAA